UGUGUGUCGGAGGCUCCCGCCAGCUGCAGCCAGAGGUGCUGAGUAUCGCCGAGCCCCGGCCCCAGCUGCAGCGCACGGGGCCGAGCCGAACCGAGCCCAGCCGGGCCCAACCGAACCCAAGCGGGCGGAGCCGGCGGCCGGCAGCCCCGGGUACAGCAUGGCCGAGCCGCCGGCAGCGGCACCGGGCUCCGAGGGUGAGGAGGGCCCGGUGCGUUUUGCUCGGAAGGGAGCCCUGCGGCAGAAGAACGUCCACGAGGUGAAGAACCACAAGUUCACGGCGAGGUUCUUCAAGCAGCCAACCUUCUGCAGCCAUUGCACCGACUUCAUCUGGGGCUUCGGCAAGCAGGGCUUCCAGUGUCAAGUUUGCUGCUUCGUGGUGCACAAGAGGUGCCAUGAGUUCGUCACCUUCUCCUGCCCUGGUGCUGAUAAAGGUCCUGCCUCCGAUGAUCCCCGGAGCAAACACAAAUUUAAGAUCCACACCUACUCCAGCCCCACCUUCUGCGACCACUGCGGCUCCCUGCUCUACGGGCUCAUCCACCAGGGCAUGAAGUGUGACACCUGCAUGAUGAACGUGCACAAGCGCUGCGUGAUGAACGUGCCCAGCCUCUGCGGGACGGACCACACCGAGCGCCGCGGCCGCAUCUACAUCCGCGCCGACAUCGAGAAGGACGUCCUCACCGUCGUGGUCAGAGAUGCUAAAAACCUCGUCCCUAUGGAUCCCAAUGGCUUGUCAGAUCCCUACGUGAAGCUCAAGCUAAUCCCUGACCCCAAAAACGAGAGCAAACAGAAGACCAAAACCAUCAAGUGCUCCCUGAAUCCUGAGUGGAAUGAGACAUUUAAAUUCCAACUGAAAGAGGCAGACAAAGACAGGAGGUUGUCUGUGGAGAUCUGGGACUGGGAUCUGACCAGCAGGAAUGAUUUCAUGGGCUCCUUGUCCUUUGGCAUCUCUGAGCUGCAGAAGUCAGGAGUUGAUGGAUGGUUUAAGCUGCUGAGCCAGGAGGAGGGGGAGUAUUUCAACGUCCCGGUGCCUCCCGAGGGAGAAGAAGGAAAUGAGGAGCUGAGGCAGAAAUUUGAGAGGGCCAAGAUUGGAGCAGGGUCCAAGGCUGCAGAUGAGAAGACCACAAAUGCCAUCUCCAAGUUCGACAACAACGGGAGCCGGGAUCGGAUGAAGCUUUCGGACUUCAACUUCCUGAUGGUGCUGGGCAAAGGCAGCUUUGGGAAGGUGAUGCUGGCUGAGAGGAAGGGCACAGAUGAGCUGUAUGCUGUGAAGAUCCUGAAGAAGGAUGUUGUCAUCCAGGAUGAUGAUGUGGAGUGCACCAUGGUGGAGAAACGUGUCCUGGCUCUCUCUGGGAAGCCUCCCUUCCUGACCCAGCUCCACUCCUGCUUUCAGACCAUGGACCGCCUGUACUUCGUGAUGGAAUACGUCAACGGGGGGGACCUGAUGUACCAGAUCCAGCAGGUCGGGAGGUUUAAGGAGCCCCACGCUGUAUUCUAUGCAGCAGAAAUUGCCAUUGGGCUCUUCUUCCUGCAGAGCAAAGGCAUCAUUUACCGAGACCUGAAGCUGGACAAUGUGAUGCUGGACAGUGAGGGGCACAUCAAGAUCGCUGACUUUGGCAUGUGCAAGGAGAACAUCUGGGAUGGGGUCACCACCAAGACCUUCUGUGGCACCCCAGACUACAUUGCACCUGAGAUCAUUGCUUAUCAGCCCUAUGGGAAGUCCGUGGACUGGUGGGCAUUUGGAGUCCUGCUCUAUGAGAUGCUGGCUGGCCAGGCUCCCUUUGAAGGAGAAGAUGAAGAUGAGCUCUUCCAGUCUAUCAUGGAGCACAAUGUAGCCUACCCCAAGUCCAUGUCCAAGGAGGCAGUGGCAAUCUGCAAAGGGCUGAUGACCAAGCACCCUGCGAAGCGGCUGGGCUGCGGCCCCGAGGGGGAGCGGGACAUCAAGGAGCACGCCUUCUUCCGCUACAUCGACUGGGACAAGCUGGAGCGCAAGGAGAUCCAGCCGCCCUUCAAGCCCAAGGCUUGUGGCCGCAAUGCUGAGAACUUCGACCGGUUUUUCACUCGCCAUCCACCUGUCCUCACACCUCCUGACCAGGAAGUCAUCAGCAACAUUGACCAGUCAGAAUUCGAAGGAUUUACCUUUGUUAACUCUGAGUUUUUUAAACCUGAAGCCAAGAGCUAAAGUCCCUUGGGUAGAUCUCCUCCCUGCACCUCUCCCCCCUCCGGUCCCAGCUGCUGCCCUGGUGACGUUUCCCGUUGCAAACCUUGCGUUCGUGGUUGGGUGCUGUUCUGUUUCUUUAGCCCUGCUACUAGAGUGACCGUGUUCCAGAGCCAGAGGUGUCUGCAGAGGACUGUGGGGUGUGCCUGAAGGGUGGGUGGUGUGCUGGAGGCACUGAAAAUGUGCUUCCAUGGCAUCUGAGGGAGAAGGAGGAGAGUUCGUUGCGCAAGCAGAGGUGAAAGGGGAGAGGGCUGAGCUGGGACGAUGAGGAGGAACCUCUGCAGCAUGGGAUUUGCUUCCUGCUCUUCCUGUUCCAGUCCUUUGAUGCAAUAGGCUUGGUCUAUUAGAAUAAGAAUAUUGGAUAUUCUGGCCUUUUUAGUCAUGGUGAACAGUUCAUGGUUAGCCUCAAUGGCAAGGAAGAGUUUUUACCAAAGCCUCUCCCUGCUGGCGCAGCUUCUCGGCUCCCCCCAGACCUGAGCAGUGACCCCACAGAGCUGAAAAGCCACUUCUGGCCCCUUCCACAGCUCUGUUCUCUGCCCACCACAGCAGCCUUCACCUUCAUGGCCUCACCCAUGAGCAGCUUUGGGCAGGGGCAGUUCCCUGGGCCUUCAGCAGCAGUGAGGAACCGUCAGGGACCAACUGCUGUCCGCUUGCAAAGAUCUCUCCUGAUGGUGCAGUUUCCAAGUUCCAAACCAUAUCCAGCUGGAAAGUUUGAUGGAGCUGCUGCAGAUGCUUCCAAGUCCAUGGUCACCUUAGUGCACAGCACAUCCCCUCAGUUUCCAGAGCAAAGCUUUCUCUCUCCUUUUCAAAUGCCAAAGGAAUGUGUUGAGUUUGUUGCCUGUGCUUUCAAUGUGUCAAAAAUGGGGUGAGCGCCCUCGGGAUGCUGUUGAACCUUGAGCAGCGUGGUGAGUUCUGGUCUUGAAGCUUGCAAAGAAACUUCUUUCCACUUCUAGUCCUACUUUCUGCCACUGGAUGUCCAACUGGCCCAAGCUUGGUUGCUGGCAUCAAAGAAAAAAGAGUUCCAGGAGGGC